GUAUAAAAUCUCCUUUAUUGAUGAAGCGUCUAUUUAAAAGUAAACUGGUCUGCUGUAAACAUUGAGGUGUUUCCCGUGAACCUCCAUAAUACCCAAAAAGCCAAUUGAAUUACCCUACUGUACAUUUUACGCAUAAGAUUAUCAUUAGAGUGAAGAAUUCAUAAGUAAUAACAAGAUUUAAGUACGUUUUAUUUUUGGUUUUCGCCGGGAAGUAUUUUCGUGAACAAAACAGCCUCAAUAUGAAGUCAAUGCUUUUAAGAGACUCUGUGAAAAAGGCAUCUCAAUUUCAAAAAGUACUCCAUAAAGAUCCAACUCAAGCUGAAAAAUUAUUGGAAGAACGCCGACAACUGUUGGAACAAGCAAAGUCAGCAUCAGAAGAUGAUGAUUCACACUCUAAAGUUAGCUUACAAUCUCAUUGGGAACGCCUAAAACGUGAUGAAAAUUUAAUGAAGAGAGUACUAAGCAAUGGGGCUAGCUUAACUGGGCCGGAUAAUGUUGAGAAUGUUAGAACUAUGGAGAACAUGUAUGAACUGCAAGAAGCGAACUCACUGGAUAAUUCUAUUCGAGGAACUAAUGAACUACUUGAGCGAGCACUAGCUACUCGUGAAGAUUUUGAGUAUCAGAAUAGUGUCCUCCAAAACGUCUCUGAUCGUAUUAAUCAUGUGGCAUUAUCUAUACCAUUUAUAAACCAAGUUUUACGAAAAACAAAAUCUAGAAAGCAAAGAGAUGUUAUUCUUCUAUCUGUUUUAAUAUCCACCUUAACCUUGCUUUUCUUCUUUUUCCACUAAAGCUUUCGUUAUGGAGUGCAAAUGAAUGUACCAUAUCCGUUGAUCCUUUUCAUUAAUUAUUCUUUUGUUUAUUCCUUGUUAGACUGGCUUUUCAGAAACUCACAAGCAGCAUGAAACUCUGUUAACUCUUUCUCUGUCGGAAAGCCCGUGGCUGCCCAUCUUAUCUUGCAAGAUUCAUCGAGUAAAAACACAUUUCCAACCAGUCGAUUGUUCCACUGGAUUUCCGGGUAGCGUAAUCGUCUGUUCAAUGCAAUAACGUAAUUGUUCUAUAUCGUUAGUCGAGUCAAGCUCAAGAAUAUAAUCCACUUACCCAACUUUCCUUUGAAGGAAGAGAGCGUUUGAUACUUCCGGAAAACAUUCGUGUCAAAAAGUACUUGAGUAUAUUUGACUGAACGUUGAAAAAGAAGACAGGAAAGUCGGUAACUUUAUCGAUUCCCGUUAUCCAUUGCUUACACUGGUUUUCUCCAUAACUAUUACCAAAGAGCAACAAUAUAAAGGGCUUCCCCAAGCAAUUCUUGUAAAGAUCAACUUUUUCUUUGGAUAAAGAUUUUCCUUCGAAAUUGUACAUCCAGAGAGAGGACUGAAAACUGUUAAUAUAUUUGCGACUCUAACCUUGCUGGCGACAACUUUUGAUUAUGAUAAUCUUACCUCCUUUUUGAACACCCUUGGUGGAGCAUAGAAUAAUUUUCCCUUUUUUUCUUGAACUUCAGAAAUAUCUUGGACUAUGGAUCCUCUCAUUUCUCUGAGAAUUUUGUCUUGUCGUUGACCGGCUGUCAACUUGGAUUGUUUAUUGUUCACUGCAUAUGAGCUAUCGAGAGGAGGUUGUGCAAGACCAAUUGGUGUUAAUAAUUUAGGUAUUUUAACAACCUCUUGACUGGAACUUUGACUGUAAUUGCGUAUACAUCCUAAAGGUUUCAGGCAAACGCCAGUAAGUGUGUUCAGAUUUCUCAGACUUAAGUACGGCAUAAAAGCUGCUUUUCUGUAAAUUGUUUCAGAAUUAAUGAAUUAAGACUACCAAAAUGAGUUAGAAUAUGCAAAGAUUUAACGAAAACGACACAACUGAAUUACGAAGUCAUCUUAACAAUUCAGAUAUGCUAUUGUUACCUGUAUGUGAUAUAUGUUACUGGGUUUUCAAAAUGAAAAAGUCAAUGUUAAAUUAUAUGGAUUGAGUCAAAUUUGGAAUAAAUACCUCUGAAGGUUAUAAAAAAGAAAGGAAUAAAAUCAAUAAGCAGUGUUUAAUAACUGGAUUUUGACAACGACAGCAGAUGUCAAUAUACUUCCAUACAUGAUCAUGAUGAAAACAUCUUCUUUUUGCUUGAGACGAAUAAAAUUCAUGCGUUAUAUGACCAACUUGUGAAAAUAAAGUAGGCUUGAGUGUAAUAGCUAAAGGUUAUGAGUAAUGGUAUGCCGGUUUGUCGCAGUUGGAAUAAAAAAGGUAAACGACUUUGCAUUGAUAUCCGUUCUCUUACUCAUUAAUCUAUGAUUGUUAUUAAGAAUCUAAACGGUCAUAACUAAAUCUCAUGAACACGUGUCAAUUUUUUUUAGCUGUGUAUAUACCUAUUCCAUGAUUUCGAAUCAAAUCAGCUAAUGGAAGCUCAUCCGCGUCGUCCAG